GUCGAGGCGCGGGCCACUCCCGGGCCAGCCACUUUAGCUGCGCUUCUCCUCGACCAUUCAACGUCAUCCUCAUCAUCAUCACUACGCUCCGUCAUGCCAGCGACGAGGAGGAGCAGCGGCUGGCUCAAUGGCGGCAUAGAGGGCACAGAUACCAUGGAUUAUGUCCUUGAGCAUCUCGAGCAAUUCAAACGCAAGCAUAUAGCCCAGAAUCGAGACGUCAUCAAGUCGAACGCCUUUCUGCAGAUCAGGAUACGAGAGCUCGAGGAGCGGAUACAGCAACUCGAAGCAGAGCGAAACCGCGUCCACUUUGAGAACUGCCAGCUGAGGAGUCGGGGAGGAAGCGAUGCUGCGAGGAGAGUGUGGCUCGACUUGGGUAGAGCAAUGGGGUUCAUGGACCCGUCUUCGAGCUCAUCAUCGCAAAGACUCGCCAAUCAACACAUCACACUCGAUCCGGAUGCGCUGCCGCCGGGUAUCGCUCGAGCGGUUGCAAAGGCGCCAGAGAUUGAGCAGAUUCGGGAGGAGCUGGAGGAGGGUGGUGGCGAGACGGAGGGAGAGGAUCAGGAAGAGAGGAGAGGCGGAGAAUUUGAGUCGGAAAAGAGGAGAAGGGUGGCUCAAGAGGAGGAGGAGCCAAGAAGAACGGCGCCGACGCAGCGAGUACAGCCCGCCCCCACAGCGAGUGCCGCUGCCCAGCGCAAGAAGACGGAGACGAUGAAGGGCAGGCAGCAGCAGCGCAAAUCUACCAUCACGCGCGCCAAGAGGGCUGAUAGCGAGGAGGCAGAGGCAUCGUCGCCUCCGCCACCUGAGCAACCGUUGCCACCGCCUGCAGCUCAGCCCGCUGCUUCAUCCUCCUCCACGUCCACACGCACUCGUACCCUCCCUGCCGCUCCUUCCUCUUCAUCAUCACGAGCCCGUUCGUCUUCACCACUCGAGUCAUCAGCAGGCGAGGAGGAGGCCCCGGCAGCCUCAUCACGCACACGUGCAUCGAGGCGGUCAAGCGUGCGCACAGUCAACUAUGCGCUACCCAAGCUCAACACCAAGAUGCGCAAACCAGACCCAGAAGACACCAAGCCCGCUCCUUCCACGGCAUCAAGCGCGAGCAGCGCUCGUUCGUCACUAGCAGGAACGGAUGCGCAAUCGAGUCCUCUAGGCGGAGAUCUCAAGGAUCUCAAGAGGGAGAGGCAGGCGAGUCCGAAGCUAGCAGCACCGAGGCAGCCUCGACUGCGCCAUUCACGGUCGUCAGAGACGCUGCCUCGACGCAAUGCGAAUGCGCCCACCUCGCGCUCCUCGUCACUGCCGCGUGAUCAGGAUGACAGUGAGGAGGCGGGGCACAGUGAGGAUGAGCAGGCGGAUGGCACGCAACUCGCCACGACCGGUGACGAGGACGACACCAUCGUAGGCCGGCCGGGCGCUGCGUUUUCACCAAAGGCAGCGAUGGGAGAAACCUUGUCUGAGCUGUUUGAUACACAGGCCAGCUCGUCAAGACCGACGUCUGCGCUUGAUACGUCGGAAGAUGAUGGCGGCGAAGAGUCGACCGUACCAGCUGCUCCCCGCGCAGCACCCGUACCGCGUAGCAUGAGCUCGACUGCAGCCUCGAGGAACAAGAGUGUCGGCACAUCUUCGUCAUCAACCGCUUCUUCCUCGUCGUCGUCGUCAUCAUCAGGCAGACGACCAUCUUCAUCCUCCGGUCUCUCCUCGUCAUCGACCGCCGGCGGACCAGCGCCAGCUCGCAAACAACCCCGCGCAUCAGCCUUGACGGACGCCGAUUGGGCGAUGCUGACCAGCGGCGCCAGCUCGACAGCGAAUGGCCGUACCUCCUCCUCCUCCUCCUCCUCCACCACGUCGACCCUCCCUCCCUCUCUCGCCGACCUAGCUUCAACCGCCCUCUGGCCAUCGACUCCCCAAAUUAACGGCGGGCACAAUGGCGGGCGAGUAGCGAGCGGCGGAGGAGCGGGUAGCACGGCUCUUGGCGGGCAGAGAAAGGUAUCUGCGCUCAGUAAGAGCAAGUCGCUGACCAAUCUUGGAGGAGCAGGAGGAGGAGGAGCGGGGUUUGUGCCCAGUAGAGCGGGUGGGAUGAAGGGCAAAGCUACGGGCGUAGGGAAUGGCAAUGCGACGCAGCAAGCGAUGAGGGCGUUGACCAGCUCGUCGGCUACGAAUGCUUCGGGUGCCGCAGGGUCAGGGGGAGUUUGGCUCAGCUUGAGUGGCCAGAGGUCGCCCUGGGCGAGCGAGAUGAUUCCGGUCGGGCCUUGGCCACGCGAGCGAUCUGCUGCUGCGAUCGGCAUCGACGACGAAGAAUUGAUGUAUAACGAGGCGGUGUUCGGUCUUGCAUCUUGUCUCUUGACAUCCCAUUCUCAUUCUCACUUCACCCUCGCUAUGUUGGAAGAAACGGCUCCAACUGCCUCGACCGCCACACAGACAGAGACGCUCCUUCUAAGCGUUCCUUCGCUGCAUUGUUCCUCGUGCGUGAGCGCCAUCCAGCAGACACUCUCACCCCACGCAACCUCGAUCGACGUCGAUGUCCCUGGCAAGACGGUCACCUUGGACCACUCGCCCGCCAUCACCCCAGUGUCCAAGCUCGCAGCCUUGCUCCAAGAGAUAGGCUACCGCGUCGCAGAUGUUCAGGUCCUCGAACAUGGUCGUGCCUCAAGCAGCGAGCUCACAAUGUCGCCCCAUUCACCUUCUGCAGUACUUGAUAGUGUGGCUGGGGACGACGACGAGGAGAGCGUCAUAGCAGAAGAGAAGCGGCGUCAUCACGCACACUGCAAGGCGUGCCAGGAUACCCUCAACGAUCCCCGCCUUGCGCUGGACGUGAUCGUCUCGUCUUCUGGGCCUCGCACCAAGCGCGUGGACCUCUCCAUUGAAGGCAUGACUUGCAGCAGCUGUGUCGGUGGCAUCACCAAGGCUCUGCGCGGCGAAGGCUGGAUCACGGGCGUGGAUGUGGCCCUGCUUACCAACUCGGCUAGUGUGGCCAUCGAUGGCUCGCAUGAUCCGCAGGAGGUGGUGGAGUUGAUUGAAGACCUGGGCUAUGGGGCAAGCGUGGAGGGCAUCGAGUUGCUGGGAGGCAAGGAGGAAGAGACUGGGGAAAAAGGCGAGAGACGGGAGGAGGGGCAGCUCAUACGCAGGACAGCGACUAUCCAGCUCAAAGGCUUUCAUUGCCCGCGCUGCCCGCAGCGAGUCAUUCAGGCUCUACAUGCACUCAACGAUGACGACGACACGCGAGCCGUCUCGGUCCACAAGGCGCCUACGGAAGCAGACCCAACGGUUGAGAUAUCCUAUCUCCCCCACGCCCCCGGCUUCACGAUACGCCGCAUCCUCCAGCACAUCGCCACGCUCGAUCCAGCCUUUACCGCUUCGCUGCGCCAACCCACUUCUCCAGAGGACAGGGCAAACGCUAUACGCGCGCGAGAGCGUCGUGGAAUCCUAUUGCGAGUCGUUCUUACGCUCGUCCUCGCCAUCCCCACCUUCGUCGUAGGCGUCGUCUUUAUGAGCAACCUCGCCCCUUCCUCCUCUACCGCCAGUCGAUACUUUUCUCAUCGGCUUUCAGGCGUCAUGCGAAGCGAAUGGAUCCUCCUCGCCCUCUCAACGCCCGUCUACCUCUUCGCAGCGGACGUCUUCCACCGCCGCGCAGCCAAGACGCUCUGGGUCCUCUGGAGGCCCGCAAGUCGUACGCCGGUGCUGCAGCGUUUCCUCCGUUUUGGCAGUAUGGACGUGCUCAUCUCGCUCGGCGUCACGGUGGCGUACUUUGCUUCGCUUGGACAGGUAGCUGCUACCGCGAGUCGCAGCGGCUCCACCGGCCAGCUGGGAAUGGGCGUCAAGCUGGGCCUGGGAAUGGACAUGGGACCGGGGUCCGGCAUGCCUGGCAUGGAUGCGGGAAUGGACUCGACUCACAGCGACUCGUACUUUGACUCUGUGGUGUUCCUCACCCUCUUCCUUCUGUUGGGCCGACUGCUCGAGGCGCUCAGUAAGGCAAAGACGGGGGAGACGGUUGCCAAGCUCGGAACCUUGCGACCCAAUUCUGCCACGCUCGCCGAGGGAGGCGAGGUGGUAUCCGCAGAAUUGCUCGAAGUCGGCGAUGUGGUCACCGUACCGCACGGUGCCUCCCCUCCCUGGGACGGAACACUGGUGGAUGAGCAAGCCCAAUUCUCCGAGGCGACCCUGACCGGCGAGUCGAUGCCCGUCAGCAAAGCUUCCGGCGCUCCAGUCUACUCCGGCACGAUCAACCUAGGCUCCCCGGUCUCGGUCCGUAUCACCGCCGCGUCCGGCAAGUCCCUGCUGGACCAAGUCAUCGACCUAGUUCGCCAAGGCCAGACAAGACGCGCCCCAGUGGAAGAUCUGGCGGACAAGCUCACCGCCCAUUUCGUCCCCGUGAUAGUGCUCAUCGCCCUCACUACUUGGCUCGUCUGGCUCGCCCUAGGGCUGAGCGGUCGCCUCCCCUCCGACUGGCUGGAUGUAGCGCAUGGUGGCUGGCCAUUCUGGAGUCUCCAGUUCGCAAUCGCCGUCUUCGUCGUGGCUUGCCCCUGCGGCAUUGGCCUCGCCGCGCCUACGGCCAUCUACGUGGGCGGAGGGCUGGCUGCAGAGCAUGGUAUCUUGGCCAAAGGCGGAGGAGAGGCGUUUCAGCUCGCGAGCCAGAUUGAUGCAGUCAUCUUCGACAAGACUGGGACACUCACCCGCGGAGAGGUGGUUAUUGCAGACUUUGUGCAACUCGACGACGCCGGCGAGCGGUGGGACGAGCAGACCACGCGUGCUUGCCUCUCGCUGCUGGAGGGUCGCAGUAGCCAUCCGAUUGCUCGCGCAGUGUGCGACUGGGCGGGCGAUGAGGCAAAGGAGAGCGGUAACGUCGAAAUGAGCGACGUGGUUGAAGUGCCAGGCAAGGGUGUGCGGGGCGUCGCUACUACGCCUGACGGGAGAAAAGCCGAAGUGAUGGUAGGCAAUGAAGCCAUGCUCCAGCAACACGAGGUGGCCAUCUCCCCCUCAUCGGCCGGAGCCCUACAAGGUUGGAAGCAGCAAGGCAAGUCCGUCCUCCUCUUCGCCGGGCGUCACAUCGACUCCUCGGACCUCUCGACCCCCUGGCAGCUCCUCGCAAUCCUCUCGGCAUCAGAUACCAUCCGUCCCGAAGCUCCCUCCGUCGUUACCGCCCUCGAGUCUCGCGGGAUCCACUGCUGGAUGCUCUCCGGUGAUAAUCGCCUGGCCGCGGCCAGCGUGGCCAGAAUCGUGGGCAUCGACCCCUCCCGCGUUGUGGCCGAGGUGCUCCCCGAGCAGAAAGUAGAGCAGGUCAAGCGCAUCCGCACCGGCGAUGGCAAGGGGAGACGCACGGUCGCCAUGGUAGGAGACGGGAUCAACGACUCGCCCGCCCUCGCCCUCGCCGACGUAGGCAUCGCCAUCGGCACGGGAUCGGACGUAGCCAUCUCGGCCGCUUCCUUCGUCCUGCUAAACGCCAACCUACGCACGCUCCUCGUGCUCUUCGAUCUCAGUCGCGCCGUGCUCAGGAGGGUCAAGUCCAACUUCUUCUGGGCGAUCCUGUACAAUGCAGUCGCCCUGCCUGUCGCGGCUGGCGUGCUGUAUCCGGUAGUGGCGGGUGGGAAGCACGUGAGGUUGGAUCCGGUGUGGGCGAGCUUGGCCAUGGCUUUGAGCAGUGUCAGUGUGGUGUGUAGCAGCUUGCUACUCCGCGUUCCUGUGCCCGUGUUGGGCUGGCGAUCUGCAGUCAAGAAGCAGGUUGACUUGCCUCCCUCUUUCUUCUUCACGGAUACCUACUUCUCCUUCACCACCUGCGCAAUCUUCCUCGCCCGCCAACAAGCCCCCACCCCAGCAGUAAUCAUGGCCGUCCAGACCGUCCAAGCAAAGGCGGCCAGCUCAACCUCGUACACACCCUGCCUAUCCGUAGGCGACGGCACGCGCAUCAGCCUUGCCCUCAAAUCAGGCAGAGCAGCCAGCGCAGUCCCCGCAAGCACAGCCACGAAGGAGAAGACGCGCUGCAAGGCAAUAGCCAGCCCGGCCCAAGUGAAGAGACGAGCCCAAUCGCGAUGGCGCAAAUACUGGCGCGAUCUAGCCGUUCUCCACGUCUUCCACAGCGUCACACCUUGCACGACGCUUAGGAUGGUAGUCCCCGCCUCGGUCGUGGGCAGCCAGCCUGCGUGCAUGUGA